GUCAUCUGUUUUGCAUCCGCUGCGACUGUUGUUAAAAAUAUAUAUUUGUGAAGUAUCGAAAAAUAUAAUUAGGUAAACAUGGAAACGCUAGAGAAAAAACGUUUAAAAAAACCGACUAAAAUUGAAGAAAUGACAAAAGAACAAAUACGCCAAGCUAUUAUUAAGAAAAGAGAGUGUAAUGCGAAAGCACAAUUUAUAGUCGAAAGUCUACUUGAAAAAUGUGUAAAUGAGGACUUUUUUCUCAAAAGUUUGUUUGAUAUCAAUCAAAGUCACUUCGAUGACGUGAUCGAAGAACGAUCUAUAUUACAUUUAUGUGGUUAUCCUCUGUGUCAGAGAACAUUGUCUGAGAAAGACAUACCUAAACAAAAAUACCGAAUAUCGGUUAAAACGAAUAAAGUGUAUGAUAUUACAGCAAGAAAAAGUUUUUGUAGUAAUAUUUGUUAUAAAUCAGCAAUGCAUAUUAAGAAACAAAUGUUAACAAGUCCCCUUUGGUUUAGAGACUAUGAAGAAAUACCUAAAUUUUGUCUCUUACCAUUAGAUUCAUCCGGAAGUCUGGGACAAGAAAUAGAUUUAAGCUUGACAGAAAAAAUUGAUUUCAACUCUGAGACAAAACCCUUUGCAUCUAUAAAUGAUUUCUCUAAUGCUACCCUACAUGAAAUCAAUGUAUACCAAAACAAAAAUAACAAUAACCAAAAUGUGCAAGUGAAUCCUAAUGAUGCAGAUGUUUUAAAUAUUGACAGGGACCUACAAAAAGUUAGUCAGAAAGUUGAAAAAUUAAAUAUCAACCAAAAUAAUAUUACUACAGAUGUAAACGCCACAAAAAAAUCUGCACCAAAUCCCUUAAAUAUAAUUGGUGAUAUAAUAGAAAAACCAGAGAAGAAAAUAGAUCCUAUACUAUUAAAUUCACCUGCCAAUACAUCCAGUGUUCUCACUGAUGACUUAAAUACAUCUAUCAAAAAACAGAUAGCACAGAAGAAACAACCUUCUAUAAACAUUAUAAUGAUUGAAGUAGAAAAAUGUUUAGCCGAAUGGUUUACUAUAGACACAUUGAUAUAUCUUUUUGGUGAAGACAAGUUGAAACAACUGGUUGCUGACAAGGGUCAAUGUAUUAAAGAUUACUUAAACAACUAUUCAAAAAGUAUAUUUUACACCUCAAAUUCAUAUGAUCAAUAUCAGACUUUGUGUCGAAAGCUGAAUAUGUUAGAAUUAGAAGAUAGACGAUAUGAUGCGCAAACAUUGUCUAGAGAAACAAAGCCAUUACCAGAUUACUCCAUCUUGAAAGAAGAAAGUAAGAAAAUGCAAUUAAAGGUGAAAGCAUUCUUCGCUGGAGAUACCGUAGUUCCAGAAGUGGAGCAUGUUGAGACAGAUCUUAUCAAUGAAGACGAGAAUAUGACACAAUUACCAUUAGUUGAUAAAAAUGCACAGAAUGCAUUACGUCGACGAAUUGUAUGCCAACAUUUAAAUAAGGUUUUACCGGAUUUACUCAAAUCUCUUGGACUACUGACGUUAACUAUUAGCUCUGAUAUCCGGUUGCUUGUAAAUACAUUUAAAUUAAAGGCCAAUAACAUAAUGUUUAAACCAAUACAGUGGACAUUAAUUGCUAUUGUUUUCAUACGGUUGUUAUCUAUAAGAGAUAAGAGAUUAGAAUAUUUAUUACAGCAACCAACAGCAUUCCGACACAUGCAGCUCUUGCUCUUGAGCUAUAAACAAGAUGGUGGUUACUUAGAUAGGCUAAUUUCAUGGCUCACAGAUAUUGAUCGAUUAUUAGAUGUUAAUGAUACUCAACUGACCAUCGAGUAAUAUUUUAAUUAAUAAAACUAUUUAUUACAAA